UGGUCGGCGGCAGCGGGAGAGCUGCCUGGAGGCGGGAGGCGACGGGAGGCGGCGGGAAGAGCCCCGCGCAGGAACCCGCACCAUGGUGCUCUCCGUGCCUGUGAUCGCGCUGGGAGCCACGCUGGGCACGGCCACCAGCAUCCUUGCGCUGUGCGGGGUCACCUGCUUGUGCCGGCACAUGCACCCCAAGAAGGGGUUGCUGCCGCGGGACCGCGAGCCGGAUCCGGAGAAGGCAAGACCCGGGGUGCUGCAGCCUGCCCAACAGUUCAAUGUGAAGAAAUCUACUGAGCCGGUCCAGCCCCGAGCCCUCCUCAAAUUCCCGGACAUCUACGGCCCCAGGCCCGCUGUGACAGCUCCAGAGGUCAUCAACUAUGCCGACUACACACUGGGGACCACGGAGGAGCCUGCUGCGCCCGCCAGCCCUCAGCCCCCGAGUGACAGUCGCCUCAAGAGGCAGGUCACAGAGGAGCUGUUCAUCCUUCCCCAGAACGGUGUGGUGGAGGAUGUCUGCGUCAUGGAGACCUGGAACCCGGAGAAGGUCGCCAGCUGGAACCAGGCCCCCAAACUCCACUACUGCCUGGACUACGACCGGCAGAAGGCUGAGCUCUUUGUGACUCGCCUAGAAGCUCUGACCAGUGACCAGGACGGAGGCUGUGACUGCUAUGUGCAGGGCAGCGUGGCCAUCAGGACAGGCUCCGUGGAGGCACAGACAGCCCUGAAGAGGCGGCAGCUGCAUACAACCUGGGAGGAGGGCCUGGCGCUGCCCCUCGCAGAGGAGGAGCUGCUCACGGCCACUCUGACCCUCACCCUCAGGACCUGUGACCGCUUCUCCCGCCACAGUGUGGCUGGGGAGCUCCGCCUGGGCCUGGAUGGGGUGUCUGUGCCCCUGGGGGCCGCCCAGUGGGGCGAGCUGAAGACUUCAGUGAAGGAGCCGUCUGCGGGGACUGGAGAGGUCCUCCUGUCCAUCAGCUACCUCCCGGCUGCCAACCGCCUCCUGGUGGUGCUGAUUAAAGCCAAGAACCUCCACUCCAACCAGUCCAAGGAGCUUCUCGGCAAGGAUGUCUCGGUCAAGGUGACCUUGAAGCACCAGGCUCAGAAGCUAAAGAAGAAGCAGACAAAACGGGCCAAGCACAAGAUCAACCCCGUGUGGAACGAGAUGAUCAUGUUCGAGCUGCCCGACGACCUGCUCCGGGCCUCCAGUGUAGAGCUGGAGGUGCUGGGCCAGGACGAGGCCGGGCAGAGCUGCGCCCUCGGCCACUGCAGCCUGGGCCUGCACACUUCGGGCUCCGAGCGCAGCCACUGGGAGGAGAUGCUCAAAAACCCGCGCCGGCAGAUCGCCAUGUGGCACCAGCUGUGCCAGUAGCCAGCCACUGAGACGACCUCCCUUCUGGGGCACAGCCCCCUGCUCCAGUCCCAGCUGUCCCUCCUAACCUCCUCUGACUUGAUCCUCAUUCUGACAGACCGAGACCCCAUGCCUCCUCUCUCAUCGCACUCCCGUUUCUAACAAAAGAAGUGUGGAAACAGGACAUCGGUCACACGGAGGAGUUCAGCGUGCUCCUCUGUGCUAUGAAAAAGAGGCCUUUAUCAAACACACCUGUGCGGGAUUUGCAGGUGGGGGGAGGUCAGAUGUAGAGAGAAUUUAAUUCAGGGAAUUGUGGAUGCAAGGAAGUUGGCUUCCUAAAACUUAGCAUUUCAACAAGGAUGAAGGCAAUGAAAUGAUCCUGGAUAAACUCGAAGAAUUAAAGCCGGUCUGGGUGGGAUGAAACCAAACCCCCUGCCCAAGCAGCUGCAGAAGGUCAGUGCUGAGACUCAGACCCUGGCUCCUGGGCCUCUGGUGAGUUCCAGAUCAGAGAUCCUGGCCAAGCCUGGUCCUCUGUUCUUACAAGCAGGGGAGAGAUUCCGAGGCAGAGGUGGGAGGACACGGAGAGGUCCCAGCUACAACAUUCCAUGUGGGCUUCAGCCUCGGAGGCAGUAUGCCCCAACCCUAGGCACCUGAACCCUCUGUGUGAACUCAAAGCCUCUGUUUUUAAUUUAAUUCUUAACAUUGAAAUGUGUGCUUUUUCCAGCUCCUGCUCUUGGGCUGCAUUUUGUGCUUCUUAUGAAAGGAUUUUAUCGUUUUAUCUUGAAAUCAGCUUACACGUGGGGAGACCUUCUCCCACGAAGUAUAGGUGGGACCCCCUCUCCGUUGGUCACUGGGCUGGAUUCUGAGCAUUAGUUGUCACAUUUACCAGCAUUACCAACGUGACCCUGUGUGACAGAUCCAUCCCUUCUCCGCUUUCCAGCCACUUCUGGAGGAAGUUAAUUAUGAACGUGAUCUACUCCGUCUGCAUGAAAAUGGAGAGGAAAGAAAACUUUACAAAGCAGUGAGGUCUUCGGCAGACACCCUCCUCCCUGGGUUCUGCAGCUCAUUUUAACUCCAGACUCUAACCAGUAAAUAAGCAGCAGCUAGAUUUUGACUUUCAACCUUGUUGUGCCCAGAUGGAUGUCCCCAUUGUGAUUGAAUCUAAAUGGAGGGGACCAUACUGCUCACCUGCGCUUCCUGGGUCCUGCUGCUGUCACUGCCCUUCACAGCCUUAGUUUGGCCAUCUGUAAAGUACGGCGCACCUCCUGGGGUCCCAGCUGUGUGCGUGACAUGGUAGGUGCAAAAGCGUUCAAAAACUGAAGGUAUUCCUCAGCUAAAAGCAAACUCUGAGACCACUAGCAGAUCAUCUUUAAACUAGGCUACUGUCUUACGCUUCACGUUGGCAGCUGAGAAUGCCCAGGAAGUGCCAGAGCUACUCAAAUAUUUCCAGAACCACGGAGUCUGUAUUUGAACUUCUUUCUAUUACUAUCCGAACUCUGGACUUUCCGAUGUCAGCCCCAUUCCCUGGUGGAAGGGAGGAGUCCAGGACGAGCUAAGAGCAUCAUUCUUCUUAAAUCCAGUUGUUCUUGGCCUCUCCCCGAGCAGGGACUUUAUAAUUUUUUGUCAUUAUUUGUCCCUUCUAUGCAGAAAUGGGAAAUCACUAGAAAUAACUUCUAUCCACUCUGUAGAAAUAGAAAAAAAUCAUGCAAUCCCCAUGUCAUGCGCAAGCCUUUUGGAUAAUGGAAACCUUGAUCUUUCAGGUUGGCCAGCCCCUGGGCGAAGUGUUUUUGCAAAGGUGCAGUGUUGUCUCUGGUUUCCUGAAACAUGUUUCAGAGUGUACCCCCUCUGGUCAGUCUCUUCUCUUUGGUUGGCAUGGCGAAAAGAGAACCAAAUAUUCCCCAGGGGACCUAAAGGCUGGCCAGCACCUUCUUCUUCAACACCUGCUACUCCAGAAAAGUUUGGCUUCUGAACAUAACAAUCAACAAACAUGAGUUCUACUUCCCUAUCCAUCAAAGCACUGCCUCAUAGCCCCACCAAGGGACAUCUGAGGAGUGCUGGACAGGGUCACCCAAAGUCAUCCCAUUCAUUUCUCUGCAUCUCAAAGGUUUAGUUUUUGAGAAUCUGAACUAAAAGUUGCCCCUGAUAGGGGUCACAUUAUUCCACAGGAUAUCUUAUGUGUCAUUGUCACCCCACUCUGCAGGGAAGUACAGAAAUGACACAGGCUUUGCAGGGGCCGCAUCUGGAUGUUCACUAGUGGCUUCCAAGUGCCAAGGUAAAGCUGUCUCAGGGGGGCUCCAUCAGGGCUUGCUGAAGGAGGGAAUGAAAGAUGGAUGGGCUGUCACCAGAGAAGGAUAAAGCACAUGGCAGAACAAGGAGGACCCUGGCUGAGUCGACAAUGAUAAAGACAUCAGCCAUCUCAACAGUUGGCCAUUCAGUAUCAGCAUUCACCUAAUGACAGUCAAAGCUUUUUGUGUAAGUAAGUUUAACAAAAGAAGAGCCUAUAAUUGCCAUGCUUUCCCACCAAAACUCCACUCUGGUGAAUUUUAAAUUUCCCAGAGAAGGCCGAGUGUGGUGGUGCCCACCUGUAAUCCCAGCACUUGGGAGGCUGA